AUGACAGAAAAUGCUAGUACUAAUAUUUCACCAUUAUUAUUGAACGAAGUAUCCGAAUUAACAAUUCUUAAUGAUAUACUGAAAAAACUAGAGGAUGAUGAAAGUAUAAAAUUGUCCAUAUUACACUCUGAAUUAUAUUUUGAUAAUUUGUUGAUUUUGAAAGAAAAAAUUGAUAUACAAGCUUUAACACCAAUACUGAAUAAAUUUAUUAUACAUUGUAAUACGGAGACUUUACUUGGAGAUGUUAUAUCUAAUGUAUCAUUUCUGAAAUUAUUAAAUUUAUUUUUAUCAGUAAGCUCCUGGAAACAGCAUAUUACUGUGAUUGGACUCAUUUUAAAAGAUUUUCUUAAUAACCCUAAUAAAUAUGUUAAUCAGAUUAUAAUAUUUUUUGAACACACAUUAAAAAACAAUUAUAUCCCACCAAAUAUGAUUAAAUUUCUUCAGGAUACCAUAUCAUUUGAAGAUCAAACAAUUAUUAUUGCUUUGCAUUAUGUAAAUUUAAUUCUUAAAACACAUUUACUUUUAACAGUUUCUCAUCAGAAAUUAAUGGGCACAUUAAUACCAAUUCUAUUAUCAAAAAUUAACAAUGAAAAUCUAUCUAAAGUUUUCAUUUUUUUAGUACUUCGCUCUAAAUCAUUUGAUAUUAGAAAUAUUAUUUUAAAUGAAAUAACAUCUUCAAUGUUACAACUGUAUGAGUUUCUAAAAGCUGAAAGUUUACAAAACUAUCCGCUAUUAAGAGAGAAAUUGGAGAAUUCAAUCAGAAAUUUCUUUCCCAUAUAUAAUAUUUUAAAUAAUAAUGAUUUUUCAUUAUUUGCUAUAAGUUAUGGUUCUCUAAACCUGCUACUUGCGGUAGACCUUCUCGCCUUUUUAAACAGUCCGCAAACAUCAUUUAGAGAACUUUUGUAUGAUUAUUUGAUAUUUUAUAAUGGUAAUAAGUUUCCCCUAUUUAAUAUACUUUCCAAAAUCUCUGAAAACGUCCACGAAUUUUGCUAUAAAAACAAAAACGAAUUAAAAGGAUUGCUAUACCCCUCACUUUUUAUUUUUCAGAAAAAUUGCAUUAUCUAUGAAUUGUUGGUAUUUCAACUACAAUUAUGGAUGUCAUUUGCCAACUCCAACAUUACAAAUAGUGAUUUACAAUCAUUAAUAGAUUUAAUACCUGUUGCAUUAAAAUUAAUCUUUAAAGAAGUGUCUUCGAUUAAAUUAGAUCAAUCGUAUGAGACUCAUUUUAGUGCAUUAAGAAUGAUCAUAAAAUCGUUAAGUUAUGAAAAAUUAAGAUCAUGGCAAAUUGAAGCAUUAAAAGGUAGAUUUGACACAAAAUGGUCUAUUCAAUUUAAAAGUUUCGAUAAAAUUUUAAAGUUGCAGGUAUAUGAUUUUAUCAAAAAACAACGGUUGUCAAAAUUACAAAGAGGUACAUGGGUCUCGGUUCAAAAUCCAUUAGAUUUAGCACUAAAGCCGCUUUCUGUUUACUUCAUUAUUUUAUCUUAUAAUCAAAAUACACUAUUAGCUAGAGAAUUUUCUGAAAAGACAACAAAAAUACCAGAAGUAUUUGAUAAUAAGAUUAUUGCGAAUGAUAUUAGUGGUACAAAUUUUCCAACUAUAAGUAUAUCGCUUCGAAGCAUAGGAAUAUAUGAAUGUGAAGAAUUUAACACAAAGACAAAAUCUAUUAGAGAUCACACAUAUUUAAUCAAUAGAAUCGACAACCAAUAUCUAUGUGAAAUUUCAUUAUUAACCAAAAGAAGAAAAGUUUUAUUAAACUUUUUCAUAGAAAAUAAAGAAGAUAAAUUCAUAUGGUUUGAUGGUUUACAACUACUAUCUCCAUUCCUUUUAAAAGAAAACUUAUCCGAGGAAACAAAAGAACAAAUAAAUACCCUUACGAAAAUAAUAAAGCAAUUGCAAUUAAUGAACUUAUAUUACGGUGAUACUCCUUCUGGAACUGAACAAAACUUUAUUAGCUACAAUGAUAAAGUUACAAAAAUACUAGGCAAUAAUAACGAUUACAACAACAGUGAUAAUGAUAUUGAUGAGGAUGCAGAUGAAAAUGAUAUUUAUAACUUAGAAACUCUAAAAGAAAUUUCCCAAAGCUCUUUUUACGAUUAA